AUGUCGGCGACACUCUUGGAUUUACCGAUCAAUAUUGCACUCCACACGGCUGACGGGGGUUCACGUUCAGGAGUGGCUCUGACUGUUUCCCUUUUUGACCAUCUUUUGAAUUUUGGCGACGAACUCGAAUUGGUGUGGUCCCAACCCAGGUCAUGGUCUAUUCUCCAGUCCAUCGUCAUGGUCAACCGCUAUGGUGGAGAGUUGAGCAUGAUCUUCAUUGCAUACAUCCUCGCUGGAUUUAGGCCUCCUAUAUCGACUUCAACGUGUCAUGGCUUCGUUGUAGUGUCGCGCUUUUACUUCGAAUUGUCGGAAUAUGGGACAACAGGAAGUGCGAUGUCCUAUUCGGCCCCGCUCAACAUAUGCGUGAUCAACCCGGCAGCAUAUCACGGACUCAUAGUAGACUACACACAGGGCGUGUGGGGCGGUAUGCUCUUAUACGAUGUUUACGUCUUUGCGAUACUGAUUGCCAACGCAAUGAACCGGCCUCGACGACACAACGCAGAAAUAAUCACGAACCUCAAUCGUGAUGGUGCGUUCAUCUUCCUGCCCUACGCUUGGCUCAGUUACUUCCUAGUGUCUCUGGAAAUAGUUGCGUGGGCACUGGACAACGCUCUGAGUUCCCGACUCUUCCUCAAGAUGAAGGCCAUAGAGAUUAGAAAGCGACCUGGGUGGAACCCUGUGGAAGAUCUCCCUUCUGUUUACGUCAUGCAGACCAUUGAGCUAGACGACAGCUAG